AUGGAUCCCCCUGAGAGGCAGUAUGAAGCACUCCGGGGGCAAGACACCCCCACGCCUCUGACGGAGCACCUCCCCCAUUACCUCCAAGUCUUUCCUGAGGAGGAUGAAGUGAAUUUGUACGAGAGCAGUACGGCCACAGCCGUACCACCGACCCAGAUGCAGGGACCCCAGCUCUGGGCUCUGGGGGCCAGCAGUCGACUGGAUCCCAACAGCCAUCGGCGAACGAACGGGGCUCCCCCCGCCGCCGGUCCGACCCCUCUCCCCAGAACCAUGCUUCCGAAUGCAGGGGCGGCAACCAGAACAGGCAUGGCCCCCCCUCCGAUACCCCCCAGGAUACGGCCCCCUCUCAGCAAUUCACAAAAACGGUUCUCUUGUGACCUGACCUUAUCCGCCAUCAAGCUUAACCGCUCCAACACUGAAAUAGACCGUCAUGACACAUGGAGCAUUAAACUGAUAGAUACUCCACAAGGCAGCACCAGGAGUUUAGCGUCCUUCUGCACAGCAACGUCCAGGUUAAUGUCCAGGUACCCACACACAGACUGGGUCCAUAACUCAGGGGUGGUGUGGGCCCGAGUGUUGCCUAUCCAUCCUGCGCUGUUACAGGCGGCAGAGGUGAGGGUUACCGUGGCGACCGACUGGGACAGCCACCAGCUACCCCUCCCCACCACCUUGAACAGCACUGUCCAGAACCUGAUCGACACCGUCUUCCAUCUACUGGGCCACGAUGUUAGCAGCCAACAUCACCUUCUGAAACUGUGCGACUCUGAGGAGUACCUAAGAAAUGAAGAGCUCCUGGGUGUGCAUGAAAGCAUUCAGAUCUACCACAAGUUCAACUUGGAGGUCCCCCUCCGGCUGCUCCGUGUGAACCAGCUCCAGUACCGACUGGCCAGGCAUGUGGAGGAUGACAGGGCCCCAUGCCACCUCUAUCAACUGCUGGGCUCUGCCUGCGUCUUCAACACCUCCAGGUUGGUUCUGCAGGAUGUGCUGAACAGCUACAACAAAGAGAUGAAGGAGUUAAUGAAAAGUCAGUGUGGGAUGAAUGUCAACGUGCUGGUGAACGAGGUCCGCACCAUCAGCAGCCUCCUGUGUGGACUGUCAUCUCAGCAGCUGGAGAAGGCCAUCGGCAAGAUGAACAGAUUGAAGCCCAUAGCCCUGAGUCACCAUGAGAUGUCCAACUGUGAGACCGGGAUGGUCAUGCUCCACAAGAGCCUUGUCAAAGUGCUGCAGGUCUUUUUUGACAACUUCCAGUCAGACUUCAGGGGCCAGGAGGUCUGUCACAACCCUCCAACAUGCAACGCCGCAUACCACAGCGAAAUCCUGCAGUUCACCAUCGCUGCUCUCUACAAACUGCAGCCCAACUGGAUUGUCAAUUUUGAUCACUUCUCCAUAUCCUGCAUCCUGACAUACGGAGGGAAGAGAAUCUGUGAGGCCGGGGUCUCUGAGAACAUCAGCACUGCUUUGUCGCUUGGCAACAAGAUCCAGUGUAACCGAAUGAUGGUGUUUCCUGUGCCUGUGAACCAGCUGCCCUAUGAGACCAUGCUGACGUUUCGCCUCCUGGGUUCCAAGCAGGGCAAGAGCCCAGACCUGUUACGGUGGGCUGUCCUACCUCUUUACAGCCACAGCACGUUGGUGAGUGGGACUGUACUGCUCAGCAUGUCCAUGCUGGUGGAACUAGCAACCCCUCCCUCGCCCGCCCUGUCUGAUGACCACAGGAAGCCCACCGGGGUCAUCCUGCAGUUGGAGUUCCCAGACCAGUUCGAAUGGAAGUAUGAGAAGCCUGAUGCAUUCCCUGGAUCCAUUGUAGUCAGCCCACCUUGUGACGAGCUGCAUAGGAAAAUGUCAGACGUCUCUAAGAAGAACUGUCUUUGCUUUCUGUCGGAGAACGAGAAGGCCUUUUUGUGGAGCAAGCGGUACUGCGGUACCCCAGAGCACACCUUUCUUCACCUGCUGCUGGGUGGCGCCCCCCGGUGGCAGCCUGAGGACCUCCCAGAGAUUUACAGCAUUAUAGAAAACUGGCCCAUCCAUCUGCCUGAAGAGGCUCUGUUCCUGCUUAGCGACAGUUUUCCUGACCUGACAGUGCGGGGGGCAGCGGUGCAGUAUUUUGAGCAGAUCUCAGAUGGCGAGCUGGAGGAGUUUCUGCCGCAGUUAAUUCAGGCACUGAAGAGUGAGAGGGACUUAGAUGGACCUCUGGUGAUGCUGAUGUUGGACCGAUCCCUGAAGAACAUUCGGAUUGCCCAUCAGCUCUUCUGGCUGCUGGUGGAUGCCCAGGAUGAUGCUUACUACCAGAGCUGGUUCAUCAAGGUGCAGGCUGCCCUGAAGCACUGCUGUGGUCGGGCACUGAGACAGGAACUGGAGCAGGAAACCCGUCUGGUCAGCCUGCUCACACAGCUUUCAGAGAGAGUUCGCAUCGCUGACAAGACCCGACGCAAGGACGUUCUAAAGAGGGGAAAAUGGAGGAUUGAUGGCUUCUUUAAAGAUGGGAUCACUUGUCGUCUGCCUCUGAACCCAGCAGCCUGCAUAAAGGGAGUGGAUAUAGAUGCCUGUAAGUUCUACAAUUCAAAUGCUGCUCCUCUGAGAAUCUCCUUCAUCUGUACUGACCCACUGGCCAGAAAUAUAAGUGUCAUCUGCAAGACAGGUGACAACCUGCGUCAGGACAUGCUGGUACUACAGAUAGUGCGAGUGAUGGACAGGGUUUGGCUUCAGGAGGGGCUGGACAUGCGCAUGGUCACCUAUAGGUGUCUGUCGACCGGCAAAGACCAGGGUCUGGUUGAGGUGGUCCCAGAGGCGGUGACCCUGGGGAAGAUCCAGCAAGAGUGGGGUCUGGGUGGGCCGCUCCGUGAGGACACCCUGGAGAAAUGGUUCCACAUGUGGAACAAAACCGAGGAGGACUAUGAGGAGGCUGUGAUGAACUUCCUGCAUUCGUGUGCAGGAUGGUGCGUGGCUACCUUCAUCCUGGGAAUCUGCGACCGUCACAAUGACAACAUCAUGCUGAAGCACAAUGGACACAUGUUUCACAUUGACUUUGGCAAGAUCAUGGGAAACGCACAGAAGUUUGCAAACAUCAAAAGGGACCGAGCGCCAUUCAUCUUCACUUCAGAAAUGCAGCACUUCAUCACAGGCGGCGGUCAGAAGCCACAGCGCUUUCACCGCUUUGUGGAGCUCUGCUGUGAAGCCUACAACGUGAUCAGACGGCGCACUGCGUUGGUGCUCAGCCUGCUGCAGCUGAUGCUAGGUGCAGGAAUGCCAGAGAUGAAGGACAUCAGUGACUUGCGUUACGUCCAGAAUAACUUGAGACCUCACGAUUCAGACCUGGAGGCCACUUCCUAUUUUACCAAGAAGAUCAAGGAGAGCAUGGACAGUUUUGCUGUCAAGCUCAACUUUCUGACGCACAUCAUAGCCCAGGGGAAGAAACCUGGCCCGGCAAGCCAGACCCACAGCCCAGCCCCCAGCAACAACAUCCAGGAAGCAGUCAUCCAGAGAUACACCAUCAAGGGCAAGGAUGUGACAUAUGAGCUGAGAGUGACCAUCGAUGAUGGCUAUCUGAAUCUCGAGAAAACGUUUGGGCAGUUUGAGCUGAUCCACAAGCAGCUGCAGAAACACUUCAUAGAGUCCACGCUGCCACAAUUCCCUAUCUGGUAUCAGAUGUCCUUCAGACCAGGCAAGAAGAUGUCCUUGUUGAAUAAGUACCUGAAGGAGCUUUUUGAGGGACCGUGCAAGGGGAAUGAGUUUGUCUGCAGCCUGUUUCUGGAUGGCCCCAAGACAGCUCAAGACAGUGUGCUGUCUGUUGCAGAGGGGAUCCCUCAAAUCCAGCUCUACCUGUCUUAUGCAGACCGCAAGUUAUCAGUCUUGGUCAAACACCUGAAAAACAUCAGGUUGGCCAACGGCUCUAAUCCUGAUGCCUAUGUUGUUACACGUCUAAGACCAGACCCCCACAGCCGCUCCAAGAGGAAGACCAAGAUGGUCCGCAAUAAUGACAAUCCAACCUUCAAUGAGCUGUUGGAGUACCGUGAAGUCCCCUCGCUGCAUGGCAAGGUGUUGGAAGUGACUGUGAAAAGCAAAAAAAACUUCAUUGCUGCAACCAACAUCACGAUGGAGGAACAGUGGCUAGACAAGGAGCAGUGGUUCCCGUUAGGGAACUGUCCAGUAUGAUGGCGGGGAGCUGUACUGGGAGCCUGCUGCCACCAGGGGGCGGAGUCAUGCUGGAGAAAAUACUGUCGCAUAGAAACUCCUCUGACUGUGAAAUGAAAAGGGAGGGGAAAACAAAAACUUACCUGAGUGAGGAAACUGACGUAGGCACAAAUUACCAGAGGCAAUUUUACCUCACUGACAGGCUACCUUGGCUACGGGACAGACAGUUUGGAUGAUGUUACAAAGCUGAGCCUCGGACUCGGACUGUCUAUUGUGAUCACCUCUUGAUGUACUUCAUCUGUUGCUUCCGCCAUGUGAUUUGAACUGGAGGACUUCAUUUUUUUUAAAUGUUGGUUUUGAUAUACUCUUGAUCCCUAUAGGGAAAUAACGCUCUGCAUUUAAUCCAUCCUAGCUGUGUAGCUAGGAGCAGUGGGCAGCCGCUGUGCCGCACCGGGGACCAACUCCAGUUCUUCUUUCCAUUGCCCCGGUCAAGGGCACAACGGAGUAUUAACCCUAACAUGCAUGUCUUUUUGAUGGGGGGGGGGGCGGAACUGGAGCACCCUGAGAAAACCCACCGCAGACACGGGGAGAACAUGCAAAUGCCACACAGAGGACGACCUAGGACGACCCCCCAAAUUUGGACAACCCCGGGGUUGGAACCCAGGACCUUGCUGUGAGGCAACAGCGCUAACCGCUGCGCCACCGUGCCACCCAGUGGUGACUAAUCCUGCAAUAGGAAUGUAACCUUGGUGACAGACGGAUUGAAAAAGAUGUUUGCACUCUGUUUUUAGUGUAACUUUGUGGACAGGUAGCAUAGCAUCCCAGCGGUGCUGGUUUGUUUCUUUGGGAGUUAAAAUGGCAUUGAGACAUAUGCAGUCCACAUUUUAGAGGCGAUGUGAUACCAUCUAAAGCAACGUCAUUGUUACCUGCCCCAGCUGUGUGUGUUUGGCCCUCGGGCUCUGUCAACUGUCCUUGAUCCAUGGAUUUUGACAGGGAUGGUGGGGGGAACUUGAGUUAGGAGAGCGUGAACUGGAUGACAAGUCUGCUUUUCUGGCCUGAGCACCUCCCCCAGACGCACACACACAAACACACACACACACACCUUCCCCACUGAACCUCAUGUCUUAUCCAUCAAAUGCAUUCACAAACAACCCCACACACAUUCACAAAAACACACCUACACCCCCACACACAUUCACACAUAUUCACAGCCCCCCCGACACACACACACACACAUUCACAAAAACACCCACACACACACAUAUUGCAUACACAUUCAUAAACACCCCCACACACAUACAUGCCCUCACAAUAAUGUGGAGACACAUGCAAACACACACGUACCCGUGCAAACACACACACACACACAUAUGUGUAAUCUUAAUGCCAUCCUCCUGUUGAGCUGUGCUAAGAUCUGAUUCAUUCAGAGGAUUUGUUAAGUGAGGAUAGAACUAGACUGCCAUGC